CGAACGGCGCGAUUCCCACCUGUUUUCCGCGACGCCGGCCGAUCAUGCCCGCCUUUCCCGCAAAGCCCGCUCGCCGUUUUGCGGCAGGCGCGCAGUCACUUUGGCACUUCUGACAGCUCAAAAUCCCCAAGUGAAGUGCGCGGUUCUAACAGAACGCUUUUGAAAUCGAAUUUUAAGGGAAACUCAUCUUGUCGCGCGUGAAAAAUGGUGAAAACUGCAGCGGUGGGCAUUGACCUGGGCACCACGUAUUCGUGCGUGGGCGUAUGGCAGGGUGGUAAGGUCGAGAUCAUUGCGAACGAUCAGGGGAAUCGAACCACCCCUAGUUAUGUGGCUUUUACUGAUUCGGAGAGAUUGAUAGGGGAUGCUGCCAAAAAUCAGGUAGCUAUGAACCCCAGCAACACCGUGUUUGAUGCAAAAAGACUUAUUGGACGCAAAUUCGACGACCCAAAAAUUCAACAAGAUCUAAAACAUUGGCCUUUCAAGGUGGUAAACGAUAACGGCAAACCCAAAAUUCAAGUGGAAUUCAAAAGCGAGAAGAAGAGAUUCGCCCCGGAGGAAAUAAGUUCGAUGGUACUGACCAAAAUGAAGGAAACUGCAAGCGCCUUUUUAGGGAAUGACGUCAGAGAUGCCGUCAUCACCGUCCCUGCUUAUUUCAAUGAUUCGCAAAGACAAGCCACUAAAGAUGCUGGAACAAUAGCCGGUAAGUCCUUGACAAGGUAGCAGAAACGCUAAUUUAAGUUUUACCCAGCGGCCAAAUAAGGUGAAAACAGAAACAGGUUUCGGCAGACAAUGUCAAGGAAAAAAAAGUAAAAAAAAGAAGAAAGGAGAACGAAGAAAAGAACCGGA